CUCUCUCUCUCUCUCUCUCUCAGUCUCCAGCAAAUAGGAUCAAUAUAUCCAGUACAAUAAUGAAGAUUGCUGUCCUUCUUGUCAUUAGCUGCUUCAUUGCUGCAGCUUACAGUGAGAGUCUAAAUACUGGUGAGGAGCUAAAGGACAAGGCCAGCAUUACAGAUAAUCGGCAUCAGUUUAUCUAUCCUGAUUCAUGCCAGUGUCAACCAUGUGCUAUAUUGAAAGAGAAGAAGGAAGCACGAUGUACUGGGGACCAAGUCUGCAAGUGUUUGAUAUUAGCCACUUCAGCUUAUGAGUAUUAUGACUACUGCAAGUGUCAGCUGGAUAAGUGUGACUGUGGAGUUGAUCUGUGUACUAAGAUAUCUGAUUCCAUCACUUGUAAUGGAGAUGGGUCUUGCAUGUGUAAGGUUAAAUAAUAAUGAGAGGGAUACUUUCAGGAAUUUGUAUCAUACAAUUAUAAUUAGAAGUUACUAUCAAUUUGUAGUAGAAUUUUCGCUUUUAUUAUU